AUUACAAAUGUCACGUAGUUGUUAUGUAAAUAUUGUAAUUAUGAUUUUUAUUGCACUUUGUGAUCUCUUUCUACGAAAACACAUACUGAUUUAUAAGAGAACGCCAAUGGGAGGCUUGUUGUUAAUAACAUACGCCACAAUUUGUAUAAAAUUAGCAAUGCGCAGUUAAUUAUCUCUGUCACGUGUCAUAAUACAUGUUUGCAAUUUUGAUUAACAAAAUGUAAAUGUGAGAAAAGUAGAUAUUAAAUCUAUAUGAUUUUUUACGUAAGAAAGUUACUUAAACUGACAAAAAGAACAAGAAAGAAAGUUUUAUUGAAAAAAAGAAACUUAUAGCAAACGGAAAAGAAUUUAACAGCGGAAAAGAAUUUAACAAAACACUUCACGAAAAAGAUAACGAGACGAGCUUAGGAGAUUGUGUACGUAAGAGGGAAGGGAUUUCAGCAAUUAUUUCAAAAUUUGACAUAGGAUUAGAAUAUCAUUGAAGGUGGAUGUUCUACAGCUAAUGUAACAGGUAUCAAAAGGACGAAGAAGACAACGAGAUAUAAAGGAUUAAGAAAAAUCGUAAGAAUAUAUAGUGAUUAUACUUUUUCAUACACCACAAUAGCACUCAUGGAAAAUAAAAUGCGUGCUAGGCGUAGGUCGGUUAUAGACUUUUUCGAUUUUGUAACCAAUAGUGAACCAGACGAUAUGAGGAUAGUGACAAAAAGCGGAAACACGACUGUGAAACUUGCAAACCAACCUAGCUCAAAGAAAUUUUUCUAUCCAAAUAUUUUUAUUUCCAUAGUAGAACUGGAGUCAGCCUGGAUUUGUUUAAUAUUCUUAACAUGUUUUCUGUUGAGUUGGUUUACCUUUGCCUUGCUGUACUUCGUAGUUGCUGAAGCAAAUGGUGAUUUUCUGCCGGCAGAUGGUGAAAGUCAGCCAUGUGUUGAAGACGUUCAUAACUUUCUGGAGAUGUUCCAGUUUUCUAUGGAAACGCAGACGACAAUUGGCUAUGGCACCCGCUACGUUACAGAUGAGUGUCCGACUGCUAUCUUACUAGUUGUUAUACAAUCAAUAUUAGGAGUUUUGAUUCUCACAGCCAUAACUGGCGUCAUUCUGUUCAAAUUCCAGUCUCCAAAAAGAAGAGCACACACCGUUUUAUUCAGUAAAGUCGCUUGUGUGUACGAGGACAAUGGCAUUUAUUUCAUCGAGAUUCAAAUCUUGAACAUGCAACGAUCUCAGCUGAUAGAUCCAAAAGUGGCAGCACUAUGUAUCAUGAAUAGAGAGGACGGAUCAGGAAAAUGUCGACUUGAUAUGGAAUUCAACCCAUGCCACGAAAGCUCGAGACUUUUCUUCAGACCAAAAGUAUUCAGACAUUUAAUUGACAAAAGUAGUCCUUUCUGGGACUUCAACCGGAAAGAUUUUGAAAAGGGUGCUUAUGAGAUUCUUGUUGUGGUUGAAGGCGUUGAUGAGUUCACAGACAGUUUUGUUCAUGCUCGUACAUCAUACCUGCCGUCAGAGAUGAAGUGGAGCCGCCAUUUUAAGCAGAUGACUGCUGCUCGGAAAGCAAGUACUUUCAAGUUAAAUUUCAACGAUUUUACAAGAACUACGCGAUCUUUUGAUAUGAGUGACGAAAGCGCGUCUCAAGCCUCGAGACGCAAUUCGGAAGAAACACAGGAGGAAAAUGUUAUACAGAUGACCGAGUUUGUUAAUGGACAUGUAGAUAUACAAUAUAAUUAAUUGGCGCGGAAAAUUAAUGACUGCAUUAAUUAGGUUUAUUAUUCAUUCAACAUUUGUUAUGUACAUUUCAACUGUUUGUAAUGUCAUUUUAUAUUCUUUGAAAUUUUCGCAAAUGUACUUGUAACCGAAAAUGUAGCCGAACGGUGGACAUUUGUUUUGUGUCUGACCGGCUGAAAUAUGACCAUGGUCUUCUUAGUCAUUUUAUUGAAUAUUUGACAAUUUUAUGUUAUUCACUUAAAAUCCGUUCACAACAGGUAAUAAAUACAAAUGAAAUAGA